CAAUCCAAAUUUAUGUUUGGGACUUGGGGUGAGAGAGCGAUGUUGGUGUUCCGAAGUCUGAACCAGAAUCCUACGAAUGACAUGAAGAGAUGAGGGAACAAAGUUUUGGAGAUAAGAUGCAUGGAAUAACAACUCUCGCUCUCACUGCAACUGCAAACACAAACACAUUCCUUUCUUGUCCUCUAAGAUCUCUUCUACCACUUACCCCUCCACCGAAUUGUUGCAUACCCACUUGUAAAUUUAACUAUGGAAUUCGUUUCAACCAUUCUCAGUGGAAGCACCAAAAAACAGAAAGAUGGAGCAACAGAAAUAGAACGAUGGUUGUGAGAGCAAGGCGUAGCGAGUCUCCGUAUGAAGUUUUGGGCGUGUCUCCAUCCGCAACCGUCGACCAAAUAAAAAAGGCCUAUCGGAAACUUGCUCUCAAGUAUCAUCCCGAUGUCAAUAAAGAGGAUAAGGCACAGGAGAAGUUUAUGAGGAUAAAACAUGCAUACAAUACAUUGCUAAAUUCUAGAUCCCGCAAAAAAUAUGAUUCUGGAAGUCGAGGUUAUGAUUUUUCUCAAGGAAGCCGAACUAGGAAUGUACAAGCUGAAGAAGAGUUUUAUGGACUAGAGGACUUCUUUAAGGAUCUUCAACAAGAAUUCAGGAACUGGGAAGCAAACACUGCUUCACAAGGAAAGCCAAAGAGUCUAUGGGAGGAAUUGGCGGAAAUAGGAGAAGAAUUUGUGGAGUUCCUUGAGAAAGAACUCAAUAUUACUGAUCAAAAUGAUGAUUAUAAAACGCCUCAGGGAGGCAACACAUCGAACUUUCCUGGGACAGAGACACCAAGCAAUAGCAGUCAAGGUCAAGCUGGCAAGGGAAGCAGAGGCGUUGAGGAUAACCUUGAGGAAAUAGAAGCCACUCUGGCUCAGUUGAAAAAGGAACUAGGCUUAUAGCAUAAAAGGAUUAGAGGUUCCUCCAUUUGGUUGAGAGAAAAAGCCACAGAAUUCAUUGCCUCUCAUUCUUGGCACGAGACAUGGCCUUUAAUUAUGUGAAGGCAUAUCUCUUGGUGGCCAUUGGGAACCAAAGUCACCAAAUUGACUGUGUAACACCAGGGAUUCAACUGUUUUAUUUAUUUGUCUUCGGUGUUAGUUGGGUGAGUAGAGGAAAUAUAACAACACUAAAACUUAAAUCAUGGAUGUAUUUGGUGAGAUGAAAGCAAGAGAAAUGUAAAUGGAUUAUAAUUUAUUUGAUUUGUAAAACAUUUUAUGCGGAACUCGAAUAUGCAACAUUGACAAAUUAUUUGGAUUUCUGAGAGCAUUUACAAACAAAUAUAAAGGGUCCACUUCGUGAA